UGAACCAGCACACGCUACAUCAAGCAUUCGUCACCAUCCAAGAUGGCCUGCAAGUUUGCUGUUGUCGCUCUUUGCCUUUUCGUUGUCGGCAAUGUCGACGCUGCUCCCAACGAUGCAUGGAGUGUACUUUCGGGAGGAAAGGAGUUUUUCCUGGUGAGCAGAAGUUAUGUAAAGACCCCCGGCACUAAUGAAUGUGCCUACAUGAAAGAAGGGUCUGUGGACGCUGACAAGCAUGAGUUGACAACUAAAAUGGGAUAUCGUGAUGGAAGUACAAAGCAAUUCGUAGGACCAGCCACUUACACUAUAACAGUCAAUGCGGACGCAAGCGGUACCUACAAUGAAGUCGUCGUUCAAGGGGACCAGGCGCCAGCUGGUAUCACGUACAAUCUGGUGUACUCAGAUGGCAAUGGCUGCAAUAUUUUGAAAGGAAAAGGAGGAAUGCUGGAUGGCAAAUGCGAACUGUGGGCGCCAGCAGAAAAGGUAGCAGAUGCCCAGGGAACGAGCUGCAGUCAGCAAUUCCAAAACAGUUGUGGUGCAGCCGUAGAGACACCCUACAAGAGCGGCUGCACAAUCCCACAGACUGCAUAGUACGGAGCACAAUAAACGUCUUCCCGAGCAUC